AUGCUCCGCGACGAGCUGCUCAAGGCUAAGAACGAUGAGAUCGAGCGUUGCGUGCAGUCGCGGAAGCGCAAACUGAGCGAGCUGUAUUUUGCGACCGUCGUUUGCCUGGGCACCAACGUCUCGCUGCAGACCGAGCAGUAUCGACGCCAGGAAGCUGCCUUCCUCGACGCCAACGACAUCACAAAAGGCCGGUUUUUCGACCAGGAUACCCUUCCACGGAGGCCUAGUCUUGCGACCAUCCCCGACGCUGGAGCAUCAAGCAUUCACGCGCCGAAACAACAUGGCAUUCAAGUCCAAACUGAUAAUCGCCCUCUUUCUCGAGCCGGAGACGCGUCGACUGGAGUAAAUGGGCUGGGUAUAUUAGACACAUCGGACAAACACGUCUCCGCACCCGCAAAAGUCGACGCGCCCCGAUCGCCGGGCUGGUCACCGAAUUCAAAUGCUUCAGACUCGAGCAAACCACAAGAGCCCAGGGAUUUGCGUUCUCUUCAUCCUCAGCUCUAUCCGACCCCACUGUUGCCCCAAAAGCAGACCCUCGCCCAACCCGCCAGUUCGCCUGCAGAUAUUACUUUCCCAAAUACAAAGGCCCGUGCUGUAUCUAUUGCGUUCCCACAGGAUGCUGCUCCAUCUUCUCCCAUCUCUACCGGCCCGUCUUCUCUCAAUACGCCAGCGACGGAUCGAUCUCCCGCCUCGACUUCGACGGAGGAAUCGGUAGCGUACCCAGACCCCCUGUCAACCACCAAGAGCCAGGACGAAUCAGUCUCUCGCAUCCCAGGAUAUCAAGCGGCCAUCGCGACCAAGGUUCCAUCUACGCCGGACGAACAGCUGAAAUUCGAAGCUGCAAUGUCUAAUGCGUCCGUUACGCCCAAACCUCGGCUUGAGGAGAUUCGUCAGGAUAAGCCUUCCUUUUCGACGACUCCGAUUGAUGCCGCUCCCAGCGCCACGAUACCCACGCCGUCUGAAACGCCCAUUACCCAAAAGCCGGCCACAGACUUGGUGGAGGUUGUGCGGUCCCCCGGUUCAGAGACGGUGGAUAAGGCGUCGCCCGCCAACGUUGGGGGUGCACAGGUCUCGCGACCAGAGCGGAUGACCACAAGAGUGUCGUCUGGUGCGAUCCGUCACAAAUCGGUUUCUGAGAUACUAGGGGAGACACCACGAUCACCAAUUUCUCCAACAGACAAGGCCCUUUUUGACAAACAACCCCGCGAAAGGACCACGUCACCGCGAUCCCAGGCUUCUGUUACAGAAAGUCAGCUACAGCUGAGGGAAAAGCGCGAUCGAAAGGGACGAAGCAAGCUCUCAACUGUUGUCUUCCCCAAACCGGCCUCCCCACAAAAGCACAAAUCGUUGGCGUUGUCAAACCAGACCGAUGCUCCUAGUCCUAAUGAUCAAGAUGACUACCUAUACCUACUUUUUCUUGUCAAAGCUUACUUUCCUCCCAGGGGCACACAUCUUUCUUCACUUAUUGCAACAGCCCAUAAGACCUUGAGUACUGCGAAUCAUAUGACGGAUUAUGCAGAACAAGCGAACACCCGUACUCUAAAACGAUUGUAUCAAUUGCAACAUUCCAAUAGGUGGCCUCUCCGGCAGCUGCAGCGCUCUCCGGAGCCGCCCCGCUCGGCAACUCACUGGGACAUGCUCCUAGACCAUAUGAAAUGGAUGCGGAUGGACUUUAGAGAAGAACGGAAAUGGAAGAUUGCCGCUGCAAAGAAUUGUGCUGAGUGGUGCGCAGAGUACGUUGCGAGCAAAGAAGAGGACCGCGCUAUACUACGCGUUCGGGUUCGACCCCAGCCAGUACAUAUGGAACUGGACGUGGAAAUCCCGCUGCAAAAUGGAGAGCAUCCCACUCCUGAUCUUGUACCAUCUGCCGAUGACGACUCCGUUAGUGAUGGAUUCAAUGAUGAGUUUCAGCCUGAUUUGGAUUACGGGCCGGUUCCAGCCGCGGUUUUUUCCCUUCCUUCAGAUGAGUUCACCUUUCGGAUGGAGAAAACGUUGGCAUCGGAAAAGAUCUUGGAGGAGCUGCCUCUUUACACACCUGUAAAGAUAUUGCCCGGAACAAAACAACCAUCAUUGAAACAAUCGCCAGAUGCGGUUUGGAAGAAGGACAUUGCCCCCGUGUCCAAGUGGAUUGACGGCAAAAUUCGAUUUAUGGGAGAAGGACCGCCACGUAAGAAAAGCCGAUAUGAUUAUGACACGCAUGAUUAUGACGAUAAUGAUGACGCCGACGCCAAUUCCGUGGAUAUUCCUCCGGAGCAAACCAAUGUGGCGCUGUUCCAGCCAGAGAAUAAACCUAUCCGCGACCGUGUUCAUCCAAGCCAUUGCUUCCGGCCACCAACAGAACACCCAAUGCCCUCUGUUGGAUUUUAUGAAUCUCGACAAUCCUCUCAAUGGACGACCACAGUCGAAGUUCUCAUCCGGUGCGGAACGCCGAACUCCUUGGGAAUGUUUUGA